CGGAGCUUGUCUAUAUAGAUUGUUUGCGGUGUAAGUUUGAUUUUGCACUUUGGUCCACUGUUAUCCAAUACCAUCCUAAAUCUCCAACCAUGUCAGCCUUUGUUGGCAAAUAUGCUGAGGAGCUUAUAAAGAAUGCCAAGUACAUUGCCACCCCAGGGAAGGGCAUAUUGGCAGCAGAUGAGAGCACAGGCACCAUUGGCAAGCGUCUAUCCAGCAUCAAUGUUGAGAACAUCGAGUCCAACCGCCAAGCUCUCCGUGAACUUCUCUUCACCUCCCCCAAUGCCCUAACCUACCUCUCAGGUGUCAUUCUCUUCGAGGAGACCUUGUACCAGAAGACCACUGAUGGCAAACCCUUCGUCGAAGUCCUCCAGGAAAACAAUGUCAUUCCAGGUAUCAAAGUUGACAAGGGUACCGUUGAGUUAGCCGGAACAAAUGGAGAAACUACAACUCAGGGCUUUGACUCUCUAGGAGCUAGGUGCGCACAGUACUACAAGGCCGGUGCACGGUUUGCCAAGUGGCGCGCCGUGCUCAAGAUUGGACCCACUGAGCCCUCUGAAUUAUCUAUUCAGCAGAAUGCACAGGGGUUGGCUCGCUAUGCAAUCAUCUGCCAGGAGAAUGGACUGGUGCCAAUUGUUGAGCCAGAGAUUUUGACUGAUGGGGACCAUGACAUCAAGAAAAAUGCAGCUGUCACUGAAACUGUGCUUGCAGCAGUUUACAAGGCUCUCAAUGAGCAUCAUGUUCUUCUUGAAGGCACACUCCUUAAGCCCAACAUGGUCACACCAGGCUCUGACAGCCCAAAGGUUACACCCGAGGUGAUUGCUGAGUACACAGUGACUGCACUGCGCCGGACAGUCCCAGCAGCAGUGCCUGGGAUUGUGUUUCUGUCCGGAGGACAGAGUGAGGAGGAGGCAACGCUGAAUCUGGAUGCAAUGAACAAGUUGGAUGUGUUGAAGCCAUGGACUCUUUCGUUCUCGUUUGGGCGAGCUUUGCAAGCAAGCACACUCAAGACUUGGGGUGGGAAGAAGGAGAAUGUUGGGAAAGCUCAGGAGACAUUCUUGACAAGGUGCAAGGCUAACUCACACGCCACUCUUGGAAAGUACGGUGGAGGAAGUGCUGGUGGAUUGGCUUCUGAGAGUUUGUUUGUUAAGGGAUACAAGUACUAGUUGUAGUACUAGACCUUUGACUAUAUGGGGGUUUGGGAAUGGGACUUAUAUAUCAAUUGUAAACUUGUAUUUAAUUUUGUCCAAAAAAAAAACCUAAAACUUGUAAUUUCUCUCUUUUCCAAAU